GUACUCUCAUGUCCUUCCUCGUUGCAGUGCAAUUCCCGCCGGGAAAUUAGUGUUUAUGUUGGCGAACGCAAACACCGACGUUGGUGUUCCGGAAUAAUCGCUCUCCACCGGAGCUCAGGCCAGGGGUUGUCGUUGCGAAUGCGAAGUGAAUUCUUUUUGCAACCGAUAAACUGCAUCGCCGUGUGUGUGUGUCUGUGCUGCGUGUCUGUGUCGUGUCGUGGUCAUUGAUUCCUCCACAAAUGUGCAAUGGCGUGUCGUGUCCGGUGUAGUGGCAUCGUGUACCGUGAGCUCGAUGCACUCGUCGCACCUGCCACAUCACCAAGAAUGUCCCACGAUGGAAGCAAACUUCUCCAGCGGUUAGCGAUGCCACCGACUACCAUCACCACCACAACGAGACGCUAUAGACUGACCAGGUGGCCCAGUAUGGUGACUGGGCUUGUGUUUUUCCUACUGUGCACCUUGGUAGAGCAAACAUUUGGCUACCACAUCCGGCACCAUCAGGAGCAGCAACAGCAACAGCAACAGCUGCAGCAGGACCUGAUGGACUUCAUCGAUCUCGUACCGUUCGAGGAGGUGCGGCAACUGAUGCAGUACUACUACCACUACGACGUUGAGGUGGAGAGCGCCUUCGAUUACGUCUCGACCGAGGACUACACGCAGAUACGGCAGGAUAUCGCGAACCUGGGCGAGGUGCGAACCUUCCGCCGGUACCUCGACAGCAUCGGUUGCAGCGUGGAGCAGCUUUGGACCGAACUGAAUGCGCGCUUCGACGCGGAUGACAUCUUUGCCGAACCGGAUGAAGCCCUUCGAUCGUUAAAUCUCACCACCAGGGGAUUGAACGGAUUAGUCGAUGACAUAUUGGCGCUGCUGCCCCAGGAUGAAAUAAUCCUUCUUUUCUUCGACAAGCUGGAAACGAGCAACGACUUUUCCUACUUCUUCGAGCAGAUCGGUAGCGGCGAGUUCGAGAAUGUGCUCAACACGCUCCAGUCAUCACAGCAGCUGCGUAUACUGCUCUGGAAGCUCCAGCAGCACGGUUUCGACAUCCCCGGUUGGAUACAGCUUGUGCAGCGGUACUUUAGCUUCAGCAGUUUCUAGGACCCCGAAGCAGUAAGAAUACGAACUGAAGACACUGCCCACUGCCUACUGCG